AUGGGCUACUCUGCUGUUGACCAGGAGGCGAUUAAUACAAUUCGUCUCCUAGCUGUGGACGCUACUAUACAAUGCAAUUCAGGACACCCUGGUGCCCCAAUGGGUAUGGCUCCCGUUGCUCACGUCUUAUUCAACAAAAUUAUGAAUUUCAACCCCAAAAGCUCCAGUUGGAUCAACCGGGAUAGAUUUGUUCUAUCAAACGGCCAUGGAUGCAUGCUCCAGUAUGCACUACUGCACCUUGCUGGUUUUAAACUUUCUAUCGAUGAUAUUAAGGCCUUCCGUAAAAUUGGUAGUUUGACACCCGGCCACCCUGAGUCUCAUGAGACAGAUGGAGUAGAAGUCACCACAGGUCCAUUGGGACAAGGCUUUUCCAACGCUGUCGGCUUGGCUAUAGCUCAACAACAUGCUGCAGGAUUAUACAAUAAGCCAGAUUUCGAGCUUUUCAACAAUUAUACCUUCACAUUUCUGGGUGAUGGGUGUAUGAUGGAGGGUGUUGCUAGUGAAGCUGCAUCUCUAGCAGGUCAUUUGCAAUUAGGUAACUUGAUAGCUAUCUACGAUGAUAAUGGUAUUUCCAUCGACGGUAACGUCAAUUGUACUUUGACAGAAGAUGUCACCAAGAGAUUCGAGGCCUACGGAUGGCACACUCUCACAGUCGAAGAUGGAGACAAUAACUUAGAGGCAAUCGAAGCUGCCAUUAGAGAAUGCCAAUCUGUCAAGAACAAACCCUCGAUGAUUAAGCUCCGAACUACAAUUGGGUUUGGCUCUCUCUUAGCUGGCACUCACAAUGUGCAUGGAAGUCCACUCAAACCAGAUGACGCGAAGCAGCUCAAGGCUAAGUUUGGUUUUGACCCUGAACAGUCUUUUGUAGUACGACAGGCUGUCUACGACCUUUACAAUAAGCGCGGUGCUGAGGGUGCUGCUCGAGAACAAGAAUGGUGUAAACUUUUUGAAAAGUACUGUUCAACUUAUGAGUCUGAAGCUAAAGACCUCAAGCGUCGCCUUUCCGGGGAGCUCCCUGAGGGCUGGGAAAAAAACUUGCCCACCUAUUCUCCAAAGGACCCUGCAAUUGCAACACGCAAAUUAUCAGAGACUGUCCUACAAAAAAUAUACUCAUCUGUACCUGAAUUGGUCGGUGGCUCGGCAGAUCUAACAGGCUCAAACCUGACUAGGUGGAAGGAAGCUGUAGACUUUCAGCCUCCAUCUCUAGGUAUCGGAAACUGGAGUGGGCGUUACAUUAGGUACGGUGUGCGGGAACACGCCAUGGGUGCUAUAAUGAACGGUCUCGCAGCGUACGGUUUAUUUAUACCUUACGCAGGUACAUUCCUUAACUUCGUCUCGUAUGCCUCUGGGGCCGUUCGUCUAUCUGCAUUAUCUCAAGUCCGCACUAUCUGGGUUGCCACACAUGAUUCUAUUGGACUGGGUGAAGAUGGGCCAACACAUCAGCCUAUUGAGGUUCUAGCGCACUUCCGUGCUCUACCAAACUGUAUGGUUUGGCGCCCAGCCGAUGGAAACGAAGUAAGUGCUGCAUACUAUGUAGCUCUAACGUCGAAGAAUACACCCAGUAUCUUAGCUCUCUCUCGCCAAAAUCUACCGCAGCUUGAGAACUCAAGUAUCGGUAAUGCUAUCAAAGGAGGCUAUGUUGCCUGUGAAGAUGACAAAGCUGAUAUUACCAUCGUAUCUUCUGGCUCCGAGGUAGGAAUCUGUAUAGAAUCCGUGAAAUAUUUGAAGGAACACCAUAAUCUCCGCGCUCGUGUAGUUUCUAUUCCUUGUUUUGAGGUUUUUGAUGCCCAGUCCAAAGAAUACAGACUAAGUGUAAUUCCGGAUGGUAUACCAUCACUAUCUGUUGAAGUCAUGUCAACACUCGGCUGGGAGCGCUACUCGCAUGAGCAGUUUGGUCUAAACCGAUUUGGUGCUUCAGGUGCCUACUUGGAUGUCUACAAGAGGUUCGAGUUUACACCCGAGGGUAUUUCCAAGCGUGCCUUGGCUACGGUUGAUUUCUGGAAGGGAGUGCCAAAUAUCCGCUCUCCCCUCAACCGUGCUUUCCAACAAUUAAUUUAG